GUGAAAUACAUUUUAUUAAAAGAGAAUAAGAAUAAAAAGUUUUGUGAUAGUGCUAUUUUUCAGGCCAGAAAAAUCCUGACAUUAUACUGUGAGACAAGAACACUUUUCACACAACACCUUUCAGCAAAAAAUAGAAAUAUAAGUAAAAUAAAGAAGGUUAGAAGACUUAUGGGUUCCCCCUGCCUUGUCUGUGGCACGAAGAUCAAAAAUUAUAGACAUAUUUUUCAUGCAUAUGUCUUGCCAUGGUGGCUGCUCAAUUUAGGGGCGAGGCUGUCUAAUGCAGUGCUUCAGGCCUCAUCCUGGAAGAAGUGCAGAACUGCUUCUUCGAGACACAUUUGCAGAAAUUGCAUUUUUCAUCGUGUUUGUAAACAAGCACCGAGGGUAAUCAAGGGUGGCAAAAAAAAUGAUUGACUACCAUUGACUAACUGGAGCGGUGACAAAAAUUUGGACAAUUGCUUCAGAAAUCAAACUAAUUAUAUUCAAACAAUACAAUUUUUAUUUUCCAAAAAUUAUCCCCUUCAUUUAUUGCCAUCUGAAGGAUGCGUUGGCAUCACUUGGGAAUUUACAGAACUACUAUGCACAAGCCAGUGAUUGCACAUUCUUUUAGUCUGUAAUGUGAUCUGUCCCAGCACAAUUUUGUUAAAUUCCCACAUGUAGGAUCUGGUAAUGUAAUACAUAUUUCGAACAGUGAACUAGGGAAUACUGUAGAUUCCUUUCGUCCAUCAACCUUCCAAACACGCAGGUUGUUCUUGAACACAACAUCAAAUUAGCCGUAUAGCUUCUUUACGGAGUUGGCCACCUCCUUCGAUACUGAAUGUAAGUUUUUUUUCUUCAAAUAAACGACACUUGAGUGCUCCACAACUACAAGAUGGUGGACGAAGACACUUAUUUCACGAAUAUAUUCCAAGGGAAACGCAUUAAACUUACCCUCAAGACGUCAUUUUGCUUCGGCGUUGUGCAGCGCAUCACCUCCAGCAAAACAGUGGCCCUCGCUAAAGUCACAUAUGGCGAUAAUGGAUGUGAACUUCCCGGAAUUAGAUUGUUCUACGGUCACGAGAUUUUGAAUGUGGAGUUUGCCAAUGAAGAGGACAAAACGCAUGGAAAUGUUCCUGAAGACCACUUGAAGUUGUCAGAAUUCAAUCCAUUCAAGAAUUUUCACCAGGCUCAUGAUCAUGAUGACGAAUACGUCAAAUUUGAAGUUAUUGAUGGGUUUCAUGAGAAAUUUGGACCCGCCGUGAUGGAAAUUAAGAAGCAGCAUGUGGUUAGCGUUGGAGCUGACGGGUUGGACAUGUACAAGCACGGCCGACUGUGUUGGCUUCAGAUUGCCACAAAACACAAGGUUUUUCUCUUUGACAUUCUGUUACUCGGAGCGAAAGCCUUUAAGAACGGCCUGUGCAUGAUUCUCGAGAAUAAGCACAUACUGAAGGUCAUUCAUGACUGCAGAGCUGUUGCUGGAUGUCUGAUGACACAAUUUGGAGUAAAGCUGACUCAUGUUUUUGACACUCAGGUGGCAGAUGUCUUGUGCUUUCACUCUGAGACGGGAGGAUUUUUUCCACACAGAGUGAGCACUCUUCACGAGGUGGUGAGUUUCCACCUGAAGGUGCCCUCCUCCCACCUCUUCACUCUGGAGACCAAGUCCCAGCUCACCGAAGAGGAAACCAAGGUGUGGUACAAGCGUCCGUGCCCUUUACCUCUGCUGAACGUGAUGGCGCUGUCAGUGAUCCACUUGCAACCUCUCAGAAUGGUGCUGCUGGAUUCUCUUCUAAUGGACUACAUGGCCUUAGUGGACACCUACCUCUCAAAUAGCCAGUACCCGCUUGAUUAUUUGGAGAGUAUCAAUUUGGACUGUGUUUUUGACUUCCCGUCCGAGCUCAGGCUGCUGGAUCAGAUGCGCAGUGAGCGUCGGGAGCGUGCCGCCAAACUCUAUCCAGUCACAGAGAAAGGUCUGCUCGUUCGUUCAAGUCCUCGAACGGAGCCCGCACCGCAGACCUCACCUGCGGCAGAAGAAGACAAAUGCACACAGCCUACUGAGCAACCAUCAUCGCCACCACCGAUGCAAGCCGAUCAGAAUACGCUCUCCGCAACUUUGAAUGUGGUCCCAUCAGAUCCACUCCCAAACACCUUGUCAGAGCCAGUGAGCGAAAUACCUUUCAGUGGUGUAGGCAGAGGGUUCACAUCGCUAUUGAUGGGGGUGAUGGGUCGAGGGAGGCCUUUUGGGAAAGAAAAAACAGUGACCAACCACCCACCCAUACCUUCCCCCCACUUUGAGCGCAGACCACUUGAUUCAGACACUACCAGCACAGAUCCCAAGAGGGAGGAGUGGGAUUGAGGAACCUUCAUUUCCUGCUUGGACAUUCCCCAGGAACAAUCUGCACAAGCCUCCAACCAAACACCCUGUCAGGAUGUCACAAAAGGUUGUUUGUCUAUAAAUUGAACACUAGAUGGCAGUAAACAUUUUGUUUUGUUUUCACAACCUUGUUCGGCCUGGAGUAGAAUGUUGCAAGUUUUGAGUUCUGUAUUAAAAUAAGAUUUUCAUUUUC